CUUUGUCGUGAAACAACUACAGGAGAAAAUUUACUCAAGUCAUCCUAACAACGAGCCGGAGUAAAAUUAAUAUCACAAUUCUAAAAUGGAAACACUUCUGGGCAUUAAGGGACCUGAUUUUGUUAUGCUAGCAGCAGACACAACUCACGCCCAUUCUGUAGUCGUUAUGAAAGAAGAUGAGAACAAAAUCCAUAAGGUGGCGGAUAAUUUGUUAAUUUCAACGGUUGGCGAGUCUGGCGACACCGAGCAGUUCACCGAGUUUAUUGCGAAGAACAUUGCAUUGUACAAAAUGCGCAAUGGCUACGAUUUAAGUCCACAUUCGGCUGCACAUUUCACUCGCAAAAACCUGGCGGAAAGUCUGCGUAGUCGCACACGCUACCAGGUGUUCAUGUUCAUUGCCGGCUACGAUCCCGCUGAGGGCCCCGAACUGACAUUCAUUGAUUAUCUGGCGUCGGCACAGUCUGUGAAUUAUGCCGGUCAUGGCUACGGCAGCAUGUUCUGCUCCAGCAUAUUCGAUCGCUACUGGCAUCCGAAUAUCACCCAGGAGGAGGCCUACGAUGUGCUAAAGAAGUGUGUGCUGGAAAUUCAGAAACGUCUGAUUGUUAACUUGAAAAACUUUAAUGUGGCGGUUGUGGAUAAGAAUGGGGUUCGCCAUCUGGAUCAAAUCAGUUCCAAGAGCUUAAUCGAUUACAAUGCUGCCGCUUAAUCAAGUGGCCGAUAAUCUUAUUUUAAGCAUUUUAAAUGCACAUUAAAGCAAAAUAAAAGAUUUGGAUUUUGGUAUGACAACA